CCUGGGGCGGCUCGAUCACAUGAUGUAGCUAUGCUGAAUAGCGAGCUAACGUGUUAGCUUCGGUUGUCAAAGCUGCUGUCAGGAACCACGUCUGGACGAAGUAGCCCACCCUAACCAACCGAUAAGCAGUCACAAAGGGGUGAAGUCUCUGUCUCCCAUAGGGCAUUGCAGAAAGGGACUUCUUUCCUACUCACCCUCCUCAAGACAUCAAGUCAUUAAAACCUCUGCACAAUAAGUCACAGGGGUUUUGGCAUCCUGUAAGGCUCCUCGGGCAAGCCAGUCCUCCAUCAACCCAAAGAUAUUGACAGACUGAGGUUGUGGACACACAUGGGCAAGAUGAAUAGGCGAUAAAUAAGACAUCAACUUCAGAGGUAAGGAACACGUUGAUUUCGUAAUGACAAACUGUUGUGCAGAAGAUGUCCACGCUGUCUGUGACUGAUAUCCCAGAUGUUGGUCAUGAUGAGAGUAAGGUGUUUGACGGGGCCUCUGAGCUGCAGCUGGACUGCAUGGUUGAGGAGAGUAGACGAAGCGCCACAAUGAAGCCAGAUGGCCUGCUGUCACUGACCGCCCUCUCCCAGCCAGAUGACCUCCUCGGCCCCCCUCAUAAUGGCCCUUCACUCACUGACAUGAGCAGCCCUCUGCCAGUAGAGCCAAAUGAUAUUAAGCUGGAUCCAGCUGCAGGUGAUUCAUCUGCCAGCAUAGAUGGCCAGCCAGUGAAGAGAAAGAAGGGGCCUGCUCCGAAGAUGCUGGGCAAUGAGGUGUGCAGCGUAUGUGGCGAUAAGGCCUCCGGUUUCCACUAUAACGUGUUGAGUUGUGAGGGCUGUAAGGGAUUCUUUCGGCGCAGCGUCAUUAAAAGUGCCCAAUACUCAUGCAAGAACAAUGGCCGCUGUGAAAUGGACAUGUACAUGCGCCGCAAGUGCCAGCAGUGUCGCCUACGCAAGUGUCGGGAGGCGGGCAUGCUGGAGCAGUGUGUGCUUUCUGAAGAACAAAUCAGAUUGAAAAAGCUGAAGAAGCAGGAAGAGGAAACGGCCCGCACGUCCACUGUAGUAACACCCACGCCUCCACAGGAAGUGGCCACGCUUGAUCCACAACAGCAGGAGAUGAUUGAGAAGCUGGUGGCCAUGCAGAAGCAAUGCAACAAGAGGUCUUUUCUCGAUCGACCAAAAGUGACGCCGUGGCCACAGAGUCAGGAUUUGCAGAAUCGAGAAGUGCGUCAACAGCGGUUCGCCCACUUCACCGAGCUCGCAAUCAUGUCAGUUCAGGAGAUUGUGGAUUUUGCUAAGCAGCUUCCUGGUUUCCUCGAGCUUACAAGAGAAGACCAGAUAGCUCUGUUGAAGACAUCUACCAUAGAGAUUAUGCUGCUUGAGACGUCUCGUCGAUACAACCCUGCCAUUGAUAGCAUUACAUUUCUAAAGGAUUUUAGUUAUAAUAAAGAGGAUUUCGCCAAAGCAGGGCUUCAGUUUGAGUUCAUUAACCCCAUCUUUGAGUUUUCUAAAGGAAUGAAUGACUUGCAACUUGAUGAGGCUGAAUAUGCUCUGCUCAUUGCCAUCAACAUCUUUUCUGCAGAUCGACCAAAUGUGCAGGAUCAUGACCUGGUUGAGAGGCUACAGCAGCCCUAUGUGGAUGCACUGCGCUCUUACAUCAUGAUAAAGAGACCAAAUGAUCACCUGAUGUUCCCCCGUAUGCUGAUGAAACUGGUGAGCCUUCGCACAUUAAGCAGUGUCCACUCGGAGCAGGUUUUUGCCCUUCGCCUGCAAGACAAGAAGCUUCCCCCGCUACUGUCUGAAAUCUGGGACGUCAAUGAGUGACUGCAGCCCUGAUGUUGCGCUCUGUGGCUUUAUGAACCCUGAGCCAGAUGUGGUGUCCAGCAAAAUCACUGACUCCUUUCUGCCGUUCUGGUCAGGGAUUGGUUAUUGCAUUGAGAUUGUUCUUGAGGGAGGAGAGCAUCAUUGUCCUUUUGCUCUCUAACAGACUGUUAAAAAUCUUUGUUCAUGAGAAGAAACAUGAACACUAAGUUUUGUUUUAACCCUUUUUUUCCAUGUGUAUUCUGACAUGAUUGUGGUUCCAACAUUUGGUUUUUCAGCCAAUUAUCUCUGAUUUAAUAUUAGUUGAACUUCAUGUCAGUUUCUAUUAUGGCUCUGUACUCUUCUACUAAUUAAAAUCAGCAGGUGUUGGCUCUGGCUGUGUUUAAUGUCAGGAUUACACUCUCAUAUUCAGUUGAAAAAGUGACAUCUGCAGUUGUGCAAUACCGUAGAUAGAAAUUGAUGUAGAGUUGGACUCGAGCAGACUCAUACCUGCCAUUCACUUGGUUAAUGUGUAGUUAAAAAUAUCUGGCCAUCUAGUUGGUGUUGUGCAUGGUGAAAUGGCAGCAGAUAGUUGGUUUCCUUGGAGUAACUAGAGAAAUCAAAAGGUUGGUGUAGUUGCUCAGGUAAAGUGGUGGGAAGUAAACCUUAGAAGGUGGAAGCUUGUUAAAUUUCUGUAUUACUUUAGCUUUCUUUCAAGUGCAUAAUGGACCUUUUUUGGUCAUUUUAGAUGCCCAUUAACUUUCAUGCAAAUUAUGUAUUUAUUUUCACGCAAAAAUGUAUAGACUGUACACAUGAGAGAGGUUUCCACAAGAAUGUACAAUCGCAUACUAAUGCAAAGAUGGUAAAAUUCUGUUGGUGACUGGUCAACUUUACUGUCAUUUACAAAAAAAACUGUGAUGCGAAUUUUUUUUUUUUUUUUUGUAAUACUCUGUGCACUGGUACCUUGUUAAAAUAGGUAAUACUAAUGUGUUUUCAAAUUUCAUGGAAAGGUUCGUAUGUGGCUCACACACACAAAAAACGAAGAGCGCUGGGAUUUUUCCAAUGAAUGAGACCCCAUCCUGACAAAGUUGGACUCACAAACAACCAAACUAGAAAGACCUGAUUAUCGUUUGUCAUUGUGUGUAUGUGACAUGUUCUUUUAUUCGUUUCAUUGAAAAACAGUACUUUUCCAUUUUUCAAUUGUGACUCAUUUCUAGCAAUGAAGUGAUGAAGAAUACAUUUGAUUUCAACAGAAUAGAAACUUUUGCAGCCAUUUAUUUUUGAUAUAUUGUAUAACUAAAACUGACACACAAAAUGAAUGUCUUGAUCUAAAGGUUGGUUGUAUGAUUUCUUUAAUGUACUCAAAAUGAGCAGCUUUAACUGGUCAGAUUCUGGUUAAGAGUAUUUAAAAAAUGUACAAAAAUCUCAGAGCAGAGGAGAAACAUUAGAACUUUUACUGACUUUGAUAACUACAAAGAUUCAGACGUUUAUACUCGUGCUUUGUUUUCUGUGCAUUUUCCUUUGCAGCAAGAUAAAAUGCUGCUUAAUGGAGAAUUGAGGAGUCUUGGUGUAAAUUUAUAAGUGUAAAUCUUCUCUAGCUGCCCUUCUAUUGAGUCAAGAGACUUAAAAUGUAGGUACAAUACCAUGCCGACCUGUUUUGAAGUGAUGGCUUCGUCAUUUGUGUGUAUUGCCAUUUCAAGUCAUCACCAUUAAAAUCCAAUGAAAUGAUUUCUGAUCUGUCUAAACAGAUGGUUUCUUUUUAGCCUUUAAACAACUGCUUUGAGACGGCAGUUAUAAUCUGACAUUACGUUUCGAUUAUACGACAAACGGUGACAAAAGAUGUGUCCUCAUUCCAUUUGAGCAACAGUUUGAGUGAAGAAUAGUAUUCAAAUAUUCAAACUAAAAUUGUGUUUGUGUUGUCAGCCAACAUGUCUGAAUUGGUGUUUUUGUUUGGUCUUCUGACCUGAUAUGGACAUCGCAAAUGAGCAUAACUCUUAUUAAAUCUGGUGAUUAAAAAAUCUAAUGACAUGGUCAUUGCCUAAGCCUGGUGCAUCACCAUGUUGGAUUUAACUGUGUGAACACCUUUUGACUUUAGUUUAAAAUAUGCAUCAUAUGAUUUUAUAAAACAAUGAGCUCCAUCUGUUGAUGGCUGGACUGAAUACAAGCAUCAGUGUCUUUACUGAAUCAUUAGCGGAGUGAGGCUGCAGAGUCUUCACAGAAAUAGUUCCUUCAGUUUUUUAAAAUAUGCCACGGUUCAUUCAUUUUUCUUGACACUGGAUAAAAUGAGUUGGUGCAUUGUUACUGCCUGGGUUUAGCUGUGUCUUACUGCAUCACUCAUUUCAGUGUCACCUGAAUAAAUAGAAAUGUUGCAUAUCAGUAAAGGUAUGUGCAAGGUAUGUCCAGCCAUUUAUUCCUUUUAACAGGAGAACAUAAUGACACAAGUCUGGUGUUUUUUUGACCACAUGUUCCAUCAAACCUUGUUUUUUUUGUUUGUUUGUUUUUUUUUAACCCCAAUUGCAAUUCAGCAUUUUGGCAUCGCCCUGCAACCUCAUUACCCGUAAAUAUUGUAUUUUAUUGUAUUGAAAGAAGUUGAUUUAUAUGAAAAUGCAUACUCAGAGUUAAUAUUGGUGAUUUUUUUUUUCCAGUUUGAAAGUCUCUUCAUGUCCCUUUGCAAUGCAAAUGUGAGGUUUGUUUUUAGUUUUUGGUUUGUUUGCAGGUUAUUUUUAGCUAAACACUAACAUUUUAGUUUAAAAGUACCUUCUUUACAUUGAGAGGGAAUUUUCCACGUUAACCCAGUUGAAUCUCUUGCUCAUUGACAGAGGGAAUACAAUGUAACUGAAACUAUCAUGUCACAGUUUGCUGUACUCUAAUCAAUGCAAGAAGAAUCAGAUGUUGGCUCAAAAGGUUUUAAUGUACUUGUCAAAGCCGUAGGUAUCAAGGUCAAUUGUACUGUAUAUACUGUAAUUGUGACUUCUGAUGUCAUUUAAUUUUUGUCUUCAAAGGGUGACGCUGUAAACAUUGAUAUAUAUAUAGAAAUGCAAACCUAUUUUAAUACUUGUAACUCCUGAAGACCUUCUGUUUUGUAUGUACAGUAUAAAUUAAAGCUCUGCUGUAGUGCUGA